ACAGGCAAGCUGUAGCUUACCUGUCUUGUUCUUUUGGGCAGCUGGCACACACCGCAGCAGUCGAUCUGAGAAUGGUUUGAUUUACACUUCUUCACUCGUUAGAUACCUGAUUCAUUAUUAUACGUCCGAUAAAUAUCGCUAUCUAAGUAUCGCUUGCAAGCAUCCGGUGGACAACUUCGCUAGCUAUUCUGCGUACAUCAGUGGUGGCUAGCUAACACCGGCAGUCUGUUUGGUCGUAUUCAUCUAAGCACACCGUAGCAUUAACUGUUAAAGUUAACCUAAACUGUGUCUGAGGCACAGCAGAGCCUCUCAUCUUCAAGCCUUCUGAUGUCUAGUCAUGUGUGUGGCCGCAUCCUUCUGCGAGCUACAAGCAGCCCCCUCUCUCCCCAGUGGCCCAGUCUGACCCAGCGAGCCUGCCUCUCCUCCUGGGGCUGCUCUGUGUCUGGUGCUAGGUGUAGGUCUGGGGCCACCAUGCGCUUCCUCUCCACCCGUCAGGACCUGGACUUUCAGCUGAGCCGUGUCCAGAUCAGCAGCAUCCUGCGAGCCAACGAGCAGGCAGUGAGCAUCCCUGAGUUUGAUGGCCGGGGUCUCAGUGCUGUGAGGAAGUUUGAAAGCAACCAGCUGGCAGCUAACACCCCCAACGAGGACCGCCGCAGCGCAGCCACCUGCCUACAAACUAAGGGCAUGCUGUUCGGGGUAUUUGAUGGUCAUGGUGGCUGGGCGUGUGCCCAGGCGGUCAGUGAGCGUCUGCUGUACUAUGUGGCAGUGGCCAUGAUGUCCCAGAGAGGACUUGAGGAGCUGGAACACUGCAUGGAGCAGAGCAGGCCUGUCCCUCCCAUCCUACAGUGGUACAAAAACCACGGAGACUACAACUACAGAGAGUCAGCCUCGCUCUACGUAGAACACCUCCGGGUCUUCUGGCAGGAGCUUCUGGACAGCGAGGAGCACGGCGACGGAAUGAGUCUGCCUGAUGCUCUGUAUUAUGCCUUUAAGCGUCUGGACACAGACAUCUCUCUGGAGGCCCAGGUCCCACACUCUAGCGAUCUGAUAAGGAGUACUGCCAUACAGGUGGCGUUUGCUGGCUCCACAGCCUGUGUUGCCCACGUGGGCACUGAGGGGAUCCAUGUGGCGAAUGCAGGUGACUGCCGUGCAGUGCUGGGGGUGCAGGAGGAGGACGGGUCGUGGAGCGCCUUACCCCUGUCCCAGGACCACAACGCACAAAACGAGGCUGAGCUGGAGAGGCUCCGAGCCCAGCACCCCCCCUCGGAGAAGGACACUGUGAUCACUGACAACAGGCUGCUGGGGAUCCUGAUGCCUCUGCGUUCGUUUGGAGACGUAAGGUUCAAGUGGAGCCUUGAGCUGCAGCAGAGUGUUCUAGAAAGCCUGGAGUCUGGAAUAGAACUGGACUUCCUUAACCUCUACCAGUACACGCCGCCCAACUACCUGAGCCCGCCCUACCUGGACGUGGCGCCGCAGCUGACCUAUCACAGCCUCCGACCGCAGGACCGCUUCCUGAUCCUGGGCUCUGACGGGCUGUGGGACGAGAUGAGCUCUGAGGAGGCGGUUCGGCUGGUGGGCGAACACCUGAGUGGGAUUCAUCUACAGGCUCCAGUCUCCCCCACUGAGAGACAGUUGAACCUGGGCCAGAUGCAAGAGCUGCUGUGGAAACGCCGUGCCCUUGCCAUGCCCACCCUGGACCCCAAUGCUGCCACACACCUCAUCAGACAUGCCCUGGGCACCGGGCAGUAUGGAGAGCUCUGCCAGGAGAAACUGGCAUCUAUGUUGGCUCUGCCUGAGGACCUAGCACGCAUGUACAGAGAUGAUAUCACAGCUACUGUGGUUUAUCUGAACUCUGAUCUGGUCAGACAACACAGGUAAUGCAGAUGGGGACAUACACGAACAUAACAUUUUUACAAUAAAGAUGGUAUACUUCAACUCAUGCCUGGUCACAUAACACACACACACAUUUCUUGACAGUUGUUUACUUUACCCUACGGUGAAAACAUUUGCUGCGUACCUAGGCCUAAGGCUCAAAUACAGCUCGCAGAGAACUGAGUGGCAUUGUAUUAGUGUUUUUCAGAUGGUUAAAUAAACUCAGCAAAAAAAAAUACGUCUUCACUGUCAACUGCGUUUAUUUUCAGCAAAGUUAACGUGUCAAUAUUUGUACGAACAUAAGAUUCACCACCUGAGACAUAAACUGAACAAGUGACUAACAGAAAUGGAAUAAUGGGUCACUGAACAAAGGGGGGUCAAAAUCAAAAGUAACAGUCAGCACCUGGUGUGGCCACCAGCUGCAUUAAGUACUGCAGUG